UUUGUUAAAUCUUGUACGAAAGAGUGGAGGCCGCUGAGGUGCUCGAUGAUGAACGGUAAUGAUAUAUCUGAGUUGUCGUACAAAGAGCUUCAGGCUUUGGCUUUGAGAUAUCGGGUUCCUGGUAAUAUAAAGAAGGAUUUACUGAUUAAGAUACUACAAGCUGCCAAAGGUGGAAACGAACCUGAAGUUGGUAGGUUGCUUACUGAAUUGAAGCAGACACGAAAAAAGAGGGUUCGGAAAGCCAAACACGGGGAGUUAAAUUUGACUUCUACGCCAAUACAUAGUCCCACUUAUGCUAUGGUCGAGGAGUGUUACUGUCCACAACAACAACCGCCGUACCAGUGGGUAGGCGCCGAAGAGGUGAUCGUGAAUAGAGAGGACGAGGCUAACAGAAUUCCCCCUUAUGAUGAAUUCAGGCAGUAUCUAUUACGUCGUAUACAUAAGGAAUAUCAGAAUUGUGAUAUGAAUAAUAAUGCUAAUAUUGUAGAAUCACAAUCUAUCAUGGACCUAAGAACUGCAGCAGAAGCGUCAACGCUUGAUUCGAUAACGUUUGAACCAAGUAAUGCAAGAUCGAAUGUAAUUGCCACUGGCGAUCUUAACACCACAACAAUGCAAGUGGCACCAGAUCACAUAGAAUAUCAGAUUGUGGAAGAUCCAAAUGCUAAUCAACGUGGUCCAAUACUAUUGAAGAAAAUGCUCCAAGCGCCAGUUGGUGCUGAUCUUGGUGAAAUCGCAAGUCCAGAAUGCGCUGGUUAUCGCAUUUGGUCGUUGGAAUAUCAAACUGGUAAUAACGAGAUGGACAAUUCAGAUACUUUGACGGCAGAUUCGCAAAGCAACGGAAACGAUGAGAAUUGGAUAAACACCACUGAAUAUUGUCGUCUUAUCAAUAAUGUUAGAGAUCAAAUAUUUUUAAAUCCACCGCAUCUCACGGAUAAGAAUAUACAAGAAGUCAACCAAUUUCCUGGUAGCCUUCCCAGUGAUAAUGCCAAUCAGUAUCAGUAUGGAUAUCAGAAUCUAGACGUUCAACAGAACUGCCAAAAGUGGAUAGCUGCCAAUGCUUUAGAAAUGCGAGAACCGAAUUAUUUGCAGCCUAUUACUGAGAAUCCUCGAACGUUUCACACUAUUUAUUACCAAGGCGUCGAUACGAACUACGCAGUUUCGAAAGCCAUAAAUAAUGACUGUUCUCUCUAUUCGUAUCAGACGCCUAACGACGUGACGCUUUACGACUCGAGUCAGAAUAUUAUGGACACAAACGUAAGAGAUGAAUUGCAGCAGUACCAGAAUCAAAACGUAGCACCGGUAAUGCAGUCAGUUCCCGAUCCAAUGUUCUACUCGCAACAGAUAAUCAAACCAGUCGAGGAGUCCACCGGAUACUUUAAACAGGCUCCUAGUGACAAUUUCGUACAGGACCUUUAUACGUCGAACAUCCAGGAAAUGGUUUCUCCUCAGCAAGAAGUAACCACGAACUUUUAUAAGUACAGCAAAGAAUCCACAGUAUCAUUUACCAAUAUUGAGAGCAAUGGCACCCAGUAUAAUACUGGAUUUUUUAAUCAGUACACUACUACGCACGAUAGUCAGCAGCCUGAUCUUUCUUUGGUGGAAAACACAACGGCACAACAGCAACAGCAACAGCAACAAGAGAGUAUCACGAUGGAGCAGGUAUCCAAUAACAUACAGACGGAUAUGGUGUCUGCUAUGGAAGUGACACAAUCCCAAUUGAAUGGAGUACUAGAUCCUUACCCGCCUAGAUCAUUGGUUAACAAUACGACGGACUAUUAUCUAGAACACAUUCUGAAUCUUCGUUCCAACAACUACGUGGAUUAUACGAAGAUCGACCAGACUUCCUGUGUAUACUGUUACACGGCGCCCAUCGUCACGCAAAUGACAGCACCCACUAGUAGUGGUAUCUGUUCACAGAAGAAACGAUUUAUUGCUGAGAAUAGGCAACAUACUUUUUUACCUUAUUGGAUGCUUUACAACGAUGCUAGCACUGGAAUGUCUAUGGCUAACGUGAAGGAGGUUCUUCAAGAGAAAUCAGUUGUUAACUUAGAUACCAGGAUUAGAGAUUCAACGGACGACAGCGAAGAAUCCAUUGAUAAUGUUUGGAUUGAUGAUUAUGGGAAUUAUCAGUUGUCCACCGAGAAACAUUCUCAGGAUAUAGAAGUUGUCGUUUCUGAAGAUGCUACUAAUCCCUUUUUCACCGAUACCCUAAUGGAUUCCAAUGCUUCUCAAUUGGAUAGCAUUUGCAAUGUUGCAGAAGAAGGUUGAACUAUUGAGAAUUAGGUAUGAAUCAUAGAAAAUUAUUUGAAAAUGAAAAGACUAAAGGAAUACGACCAGAUUAUAGGUAUAGGACAAAAUUACGGGUCAAUAUAUUCUUUCUUGAGAAUCGCUUGAGCGAUAUUUUGUUACUUUAUAUUUCAGACACGGAUCAAUUAAUCCAUGUCUGAUUAAAAAAAAGCAUAAUAUAUCCAGAGAUUGAUAUCAUUAAAUAAUGUUAUUUCUAAUAAGAAUAGGUAAUAAACGUUAAUCAAAGGAAUCAUCAACAGAAGCAGCAAGUAAUCUAAAAGUUCGAGAGAGGUUGAACAAAGUAAUCGUGCCCUAAAUUACGAUUAAUAUAUAUAGAUAAGCAUCAAAGCAUUAAUAUUCUUGUACGCCAACAGGUAAAUAAAAGCACCGUAAUUUUCAUAA